GACGUAAACACGUGCGGGUGCCUGGUUACAGGUUUCUCUUUCUAUUUUUUCUUCUCCAUCCCUCUCCCUCUUUCUCAUCAUUCCCUGACAACAGCAGCGAUGGCGGAACCCGUAGCAUCGGGAGCAACGGCAACAGACGCAGCAUCCUCAUCUCCCACCCCAGCCCUUUCUCCGGCAAUCAGUCCCGGUUCUGAGCCACCUUCCAUGGCGCUCUCUCCCUCCGCAGGCGGCUCACAACGACUGCUCUUCUCCCACGACCUGGUGUCCGGUCGGUAUCGGGGGUCGGUCCGGUUCGGCCUUGUCAGAAUGAUCCACGGCGAGGAUGAUUUUGAUUCCGAUUCGGACAUCGAUGGUGAUGGUGGAGGUGGCGGUGGCGGGGGAGGUGGUGGUGUCGCCGGCAGUUCUGACACCGAGAGCGGGGCGGCGGACGCACGGGCUCGGCCUCUGGGCAGGGGCUUCGUUCGGGUGCAGUGGUACCCUGAAGGAGGAAAGCAAGACAUUCGGGAAACGAAGCUGAAACUUGAAGAUCGGUCUAUCGUGCCCAGAGAUAUUGUACGCCGCAUGAAUGCAAAUGACAGCCAGUGUGGCACAGUGAUAGACAUCAACAUUGAGUGUGCUGUGAAGCUGGUGGGAACCAACUGUGUCCUGUACCCUGUUAACAGUAGAGACCUGCAGCACAUCUGGUCUUUUAUGUAUGGAGAUUAUAUUGCCUAUGACUUCUGGCUGGGGAAAGUAUACGACUUGACCAAUCACAUCAUACUGAAGCUGUCCAAUGGAGCCAGGUGUUCCAUGAGUGUGGAGGACGGAGCAAAGCUGUAUGAUGUGUGCCCCCAUGUCAGUGACUCGGGCCUGUUCUUUGAUGAGGCCUAUGGUUUCUACCCUGGCCAGGUGUUGAUCGGACCCUCCAAGGUCUUCUCCAACGUGCAGUGGCUGUCGGGGGUCAAGCCAGUGCUCAGCAAGAAGAGCAAAUUUAGGGUGGUGGUGGAAGAGGUCCAGGUCGUGGAGCUGAAGGUGACAUGGAUCACAAAGAGCUACUCCCCCAGGGGUACAGACAGCGUCUACCCGCCCCCCUCGACCAUCACACAAGAGAACCUCUGCAGAGUGAAGCGCCUGGGCUAUUACGACCACACUCAGAGGCAGCUGGGAGAACGAGCCCUGUACGUCUUCCCCGCCAAAGGAGAUGCCACCCGGAUCACCUGCGAGGGACCCGAGGGAGCCCCCGUCCUCCCUGAAGACCCCGUCGCCAGGAAGUUGAAAAGAAUGUUUAAGAAGGAUGCAGGGAAGAAGGCAGCAGACCACUCGGAUGGACAGGUCUCCAGCCAGCAGCCGGAAGAGAAGGGAGAGAGUCCGGAGGGUGAGAAGACAUCGGAGCAGCAGCAGCGGGGGGGAGCGGAGGACCGGGAAAAGGUGGAGACGAGCUGUCCCAACAACGGGCCGGUGGAGUCUGCGGGGCAGCCCAAAGAGGGCGCCCUGGAGACGUGGGCGGAGUCUGGGGAGCAGGACGCUGACGACGAGGCCGCCGACGACACGGACGACACCAGCUCCAUGACGUCGUCGGCCAGCUCUACCGCCUCCUCACAAAGCGGCGGGGUGGGGUCCAACCGCAAGAAGAGCAUCCCGCUCUCCAUCCGCAACCUCAAGCGGAAGCACAAGAAGAAGAGGACCAAAUUCUCCCGCGAGUUCAAACCGGGGGACAGGGUGGCCGUGGAGGUGGUGUCGACGAAGACCUCGGCGGACGUCAUGUGGAAGGAUGGCAAAAUCGAGACGGGCAUCCGCUCAAACGACCUCAUUCCCAUCCAGCACCUGGACAACUACGAGUUCUGUCCCGGGGAUUUCGUGGUGGAUAAACGCCCUCAAGCUCCACAGGACCCUGGUGUGUAUGGCGUGAUCCAGUCCGGGGAUCACAAGGGCAGGACCUGCGCUGUGAAGUGGGUCAAGCUGAAUGCCACCAGCGAUGACGUGGAGGUUAUCGGCGAGGAGGAGGACGUUAGCGUCUACGAUAUCGCCGACCACCCCGACUUCCACUUCCGCACCACCGACAUCGUCAUCAGAAUAUGGAACUCUGAGAACGGACAGGCGGCGGACUGUGAAAACGAGGUAACGACGUCCGUGGGCCAGGUGUCUCGGGUGGAUGUCAGCAGCAAGGUGGAGGUGGUGUGGGCGGACAACUCCAUGACCAUCGUGCUGCCUCAGCACCUGUAUAACGUGGAGUCGGAGAUCGAGGAGACGGACUACGACUCGGUGGAGGGGAGCAGCAGCGGGGCCUCGUCCGAGGAAUGGGAGGACGAGAGCGACAGCUGGGAGACGGACAACGGGCUGAUGGAGGACGAGCACCCGGGCGAGACGGCGCCCGCCCCCACGCCCACGGGCCCCGCGGGCACCACCCCCGCCGAGGAGGGCAAGCCCGCUGCCGUGCACCCCGCCACGGUGGAGGAGCUGGAGGGCGCCAUCGCCACGGCCACGCUGGUGGGGGCCAGCGGCGGGGCGGCGGCCGAGGAGAAGCCGGGCAAGGAGGGCGCCCCGCGCGGGUUCAGGGAGCUCAAGGAGGCCCUGAAGAUCCUGGAGAGCCUGAAGAACAUGACGGUGGAGCAGCUGUGGACCGGCUCGCCCACCUCGCCCACCGUGGAGCCCGAGAAGCCCACCAAGGAGAAGAGGUUCCUGGACGACAUCAAGAAGCUGCAGGAGAACCUGAAGAAGACGCUGGACAACGUGGCCAUCGUGGAGGAGGAGCGCAUGGAGGCCGUCGGGGAGGCGGACAAGGAGGAGAAGCAGCAGGAGCCCCAGACGCCCGUGCGCUCCGAGUGGCCCAGUGACACGCCCGUCCUCUGCCAGCAGAGCGGGGGCAAGCCGGGCGUCACCUUCACCAGCGCGAAGGGAGAGGUGUUCUCUGUGCUGGAGUGGGCACCAGACAGCCACGCCUUCAAGAAAAUGGAGUUCCAGCCAGCGGAAGCCAAGAAGUUCUUCAGCACCGUGAGGAAGGAGAUGGCCCUGCUGGCUACCUCCCUGCCUGACGGCAUCAUGGUCAAGACCUUCGAGGAUCGCAUGGACCUGUUCUCCGCACUGAUCAAAGGCCCGACGCGCACACCCUACGAGGACGGCCUGUUCCUCUUCGACAUUCAGCUGCCAAACAUCUACCCGGCUGUGCCCCCCCUCUUCCGCUACCUGUCCCAGUGCAGCGGGCGCCUCAACCCUAAUCUCUACGACAACGGCAAGGUGUGCGUCAGUCUGCUGGGCACCUGGAUCGGCAAGGGCACUGAGAGAUGGACCAGCAAGUCCAGCCUGCUGCAGGUUCUUAUCUCCAUCCAAGGGCUAAUCUUGGUGAACGAGCCGUACUAUAACGAGGCGGGCUUCGACAGCGACCGAGGCCUACAGGAGGGCUACGAGAACAGCCGCUGCUACAACGAGAUGGCCCUGAUCAAGAUGGUGCAGUCCAUGACGCAGCUGCUGCAGCAGCCCGUGGAGGUCUUCCAGCAGGAGAUCCGGGAGCACUUCGCCUGCAGCGGCUGGCGGCUGGUGCACCGGCUGGAGUCCUGGCUGGAGCUCAACGAGGCGGCGGAGCGCGGGGCCGGGCCCCACAGGGAGGGCCGGACGCCCGAGAGCCAGCUCUCCGCCGAGGCCCUGGAGGAGGGCGUCCAGGCGGGAGCCCAGAGCAGCCCCAGCCGGCUGGACCUGAGGGAGGAGGAGCUGGAGGACUCGGGCCUGAGUCCCUCCACCACCCUGCCGCAGGAGCUCAGCCAGCACUCGGACUGCGACGGGCCCGCACCGGGAGGAGGCGAGGCGGGGGCGGUGGGCGGCGGCGAUCAGGUCGGGAAGACCCUCCCGGACUCUGCCGGCGGCCAGCCCGUGGUCAGACCAAAGAAGAGGAGAAAGAGCUACCGCAGCUUCCUGCCGGAGCGCAGCGGCUACCCCGACAUCGGCUUCCCCCUCUUCCCCCUCUCCAAAGGCUUUGUGAAGAGCGUGCGUGGGGUCCUGCAGCACUACCGGGCCGCGCUGGUGGCCGCGGGCCUGCCCGAGCGCAGAGAGGACAAAUGAGCGCCCC